AUGAAUCAUUCCGGUGAUGGAACGACGGUGUUUGGACAGAGAGAUCGCCGACCAGAUGCUCUCGGUAGUCUCAGUGUCCUCCCAGAUGAGACUAUCUGUGUCCUUCUCGAAUUCCUUGCUCCUCGAGACAUCGCCCACCUCGCUUGCGUCAGCAGUGUAAUGUAUAUUCUAUGUAACGAAGAGCCAUUGUGGAUGAGCUUGUGUCUCAAAAGAGCUAAAGGUCCACUUGAGUACAAAGGUUCUUGGAAGAAAACGACAUUGCAUCUAGAAGGAGUUACUCAGGAAAAUGAUGCAUACAGAAAGCCAUUGCAUUUUGAUGGAUUCAAUUCGUUGUACUUGUAUAAACGAUUCUAUAGGUGUAAUACAUCUCUUGACGGGUUUUCUUUUGAUAACGGGAAUGUGGAACGUAGGAGAGAUAUCUCCGUGGAUGAGUUUUCCAAGGAAUACGACGCCAAGAAACCUGUUUUGAUCUCUGGCCUCACUGAUUCUUGGCCAGCCAGUAAUACAUGGACAAUCGACCAACUAUCAGAGAAAUAUGGUGAGGUCCCGUUUAGAAUAUCUCAGAGGAGUCCCAACAAAAUUUCCAUGAAGUUCAAGGAUUACAUCUCAUACAUGAAACUCCAGAGGGAUGAAGAUCCUCUAUACGUUUUUGAUGACAGGUUUGGAGAAGCUGCUCCUGAAUUAUUGAAAGACUAUAGUGUGCCUCAUUUGUUUCAAGAAGAUUGGUUUGAGAUCUUAGACAAAGAAAGUCGUCCACCAUACAGAUGGCUUAUAGUUGGUCCAGAGAGGUCUGGUGCAUCUUGGCAUGUCGAUCCAGCUCUUACCAGUGCCUGGAACACCCUACUUUGCGGUCGGAAAAGGUGGGCAUUGUAUCCCCCUGGAAAAGUGCCGCUAGGCGUCACAGUCCAUGUAAAUGAAGAUGAUGGUGAUGUCAGCAUCGACACCCCCUCAUCUCUGCAGUGGUGGUUAGACUAUUAUCCUCUCCUUGCCGAGGAAGACAAACCGAUUGAGUGCACAUUAGAACCUGGUGAAACGAUUUAUGUUCCAAGUGGUUGGUGGCACUGUAUCCUUAAUCUUGAACCAACAGUGGCUGUUACUCAGAAUUUUGUGAACAAAGAAAACUUUGGGUUCGUAUGUUUGGAUAUGGCACCUGGUUACCAUCACAAAGGGGUUUGUCGUGCUGGUCUUCUUGCGCUUGAUGAUGGAAAUUCUGAAGAUUCGGAAGAAGAAACACACGAUGAGGACGACAAUACUUUGAGCUAUUCAGACCAUACCAGGAAAGAGAAGAGGAUACGGAUGAAUGGAGGAGGGGAGAUUGAAAACCAAGAAGAUGAUGUUAAUGGAGUCUCGAAGAGAUACAAUAUGUGGAAGAAUGGAUUCUCAUAUGAUAUUGAUUUUCUGUCCUCGUUUCUUGAUAAAGAAAGAGACCAUUACAAUUUCCCAUGGUCUAUGGGGAAUUCUGUAGGUCAACGAGAAAUGAGGGGCUGGCUAUCCAAGCUAUGGGUUCUGAAGCCUGAGAUGAGAGAACUUAUAUGGAAGGGAGCAUGCAUUGCAUUAAAUGCUGAGAAAUGGUUGCGAUGCCUAGAGGAAGUAUGUACUUUCCACAACUUACCAUCGGUCACCGAAGAUGAAAAGCUUCCAGUUGGAACUGGCAGCAAUCCUGUUUAUCUGUUGUCUGACUAUGCGAUAAAACUGUUUGUCGAAGGAGGGUUGGAACAAUCUAUGUAUGGUCUUGGAACUGAGCUCGAGUUUUACGACAUUCUUGGCCGGGAAGGUUCUCCUUUGAAAACCCAUAUCCCUGAUGUUCUGGCAAGCGGGAUUCUUUUCUUUGAAAAAGGAUCUUACAAAGUUGUCCGGUGGGAUGGCAAGAAAAUCCCAGACAUUAUCUUUAGCUCCAAUCUCGAAUUUGAUGCAGCAAUGCUAAACAGUGAAUUCCCAUUUGGUAUUUGGAACAAAACACUACGUGAACAAAGAAACCAGGGGAAGCCACCAUCUGAUUCUUUCAGUUCAUUGAGUUCGCAUGUUUGGCCGUAUAUUAUAACAAAACGAUGCAAAGGAAAGAUAUUUGCCCAACUAAGAGAUGACCUGACGUGGAAUGACGCUCAUAACUUGGCUUCCUUUCUGGGACAACAACUACGCAACCUUCAUUCACUGCCAUAUCCACCAGUCACACGUCCUGAAUUAUUGAUUGCGAAUGAUGGUCAUGAUGAGGAGUUGAACAUUCUACCAGAAUGGAAAGUUUUUGUCGAUGUUCUGCGCCAAAGGAAGAAGGACGUCACUGGUCGUCUGGAAAACUGGGGAAAUCCUAUUCCUCGUGCUCUGAUGAACAUGAUAGACGAAUACAUGCCCGAUGAAUUUUUUGUAGAUUUGCUCCAUGUGUUCAAGGACACGGAUGGUGGAGAUGAAAUCAAGGCCUGCACCUGGAUACACUCAGAUGUCAUGGACGACAACAUUCACAUGGAACCAUACGCAGAUGAUAAUUCUGUCAAUGGUCAACACAAUUCAUGGCGUCCCAGUCAUAUUCUCGACUUCAGCGAUUUAUCCAUAGGAGAUCCCAUCUACGACUUGAUACCAAUAUACUUGGACGUCUUUAGAGGAGACGUUGAUCUUUUCAAGAAGCUUCUAGAAAGUUACGGUCUUCCAUUAAUCAGAAGUAAGAUGUCGCGGGAGAAUGGUACGAGUAAGAAAGCACUGUCUCCUUCGUACCGUACAAUGUGUUACUGUAUAUUACAUGAAGAUAACGUGUUAGGUGCAAUGUACGGUAUUUGGGACGAACUUCGGACAGCUGAAUCAUGGGAACAAGUUGAACAAACUGUUUGGGGUCUACUUAACACCUACUAA